CCACCCAGAACGCUGCCACAGCGAAGAUGAGGCUUGUGAUGACAUUUGUGCUAGCAGCGCGGUAGGAGAAGUUACCACUCCGCAGGGAAACUCUAGCUACCACCGCAGAACUGGAGUAAACUGCUCAUGUCGUCUUUGGCGAGCGCGGAGCGACGUGCGUUCGCUCUGAAAAUCAACAGACACUCGUCUGCUGAGAUCAGGAGACACUUCGGUGGGAACUAUGGGUCCCCCCAGGUCUCCAAGCAACAUAGUCGUCACAGCUCCAACGCAUCUGUCUCCACUUGCUCCACCGUGCCCCAGUCAUAUGACGCGGUGGAGCCCUUGGACCUGGAAGAGUUUCUGAUGUCACAGCUACGGAGUGGAGACUCCGCCCUCAUGCAGGAGCUUGGAGAUUUCCCCGACGACGACCUGGAAGUAGAACUGGUGGAGAAGGAGUGUCGGACCGUACGCCACUCUGUGCCGGAGGAGGGGGUGGAGUUGGAUUCCCAUGUCAGGGACUGUGUUCAGAGUUACACCCAACCCUGGCUGAUGGUCAGCAGGAGGUGCCAGGGAGAUAGUUGGAGUGCAUAUUCGGAGCGGGCAAGUCUACACAAAACUCUGCAGAAACAGACAUUUGAGUCUGACGUGCAGCCAGAGAAACUAGAGACACCGGUGAAGUCCCCGUCCCUGGCGGUACUGAGUGAUGACUCCAGCAGGACCCUGACCUCCUCUGACUUUGACCUCCGCUCUGGUCUGACCCCUGACCCCAGAGUGGAGGGGCUGCUGCACUUCAGUAACCAUGACGACCUGGACAGGUUCAACCAGGAAGCCCGGCAGGUGAACCGCCACCCUGAGCUGUUUGCCCUGUACCCACCCGCCGACGAGGAGGAUGCAGUGGAGAUCCGGCCCAUUCCCGACUGUCCCAAAGAGCACAUGGGCGACAGGAUCAUCAUCCGGUGUCAGGCCAUCAAGUUUGAGAUUGACGUUGAACCACUAUUUGCUACCCUGGCUCUGUACGACCUGAGAGAGAAGAAAAAGAUAUCCGAGAACUUCUACUGUGAUCUGAACUCAGACCAGUUUAAAGGGUUCCUGAAACCCCACACGCCACAGACGGACCACUCCACCCUCUCCCGAGCAGCCAUCUUCUCCAUCACAUACCCCUCCCCAGACAUCUACCUGGUCAUCAAGAUAGAGAAGGUGCUGCAGCAGGGAGAGAUCAGUGACUGUGCGGAACCAUACAUGGUCAUGAAGGAGACGGACUCAGCAAAGAACAAGGAGAAGCUGGAGAAGCUGCGUAAUCAGUCUGAGAUGUUCUGUCAGAGACUUGGUCGCUACCGCAUGCCCUUUGCCUGGGCUACAGUCAACAUCAUGAACGUCAUCAGCACUGCCACACUGGACCGAGACACCACCGACUCUGACAGCCUCAACGGUAAAUCCAGCAGUCUGGAAAAGAGAGGUCAGUUGCCCAGGAGGAACUCAGAGAGGUUCGGUACCAUGGAAGACCAGUGUAACAUGUCUGCCUUCAAACCUGCUACCAUCACCAUCAGCACCUUCUGCAAGCAGGAGGGGGACCGUCUGAGUGAUGAGGACUUGUUUAAGUUCCUGGCAGACAUCAAGAAGUUCUCAUCCCUGCAGAGAAGAAUUAAAACCAUACCAGGUACAAUAAGACUGGAUGUGACUCCGGUCCAUGACAACCCAGUGGCCUGUCUGUCUACUGAGCUGAUCCCAGUCAAACCACUGGCUGAGAAGAACGUCCGACCUGUCAAAGAGGUGUUGGAGUUCCCCUCCAGCGAGGUCUAUGUUCCACACAGCACUUACAGGAACCUGCUCUAUGUAUACCCCCAGCGACUCAACUUUGUCAACAGGCUGACUUCAGGAGGAAGGAAUAUCACUAUUAAAAUCCAGUUUAUGAGUGGAGAAGACCCCAGCUGUGUGAUGCCUGUCAUUUUCGGAAAAUCGAAUGGUCCUGAGUUUGUGCAGGAAGUAUACACCCCAGUCACGUACCAUAACAAGUCUCCAGACUUCUAUGAGGAGGUGAAGAUGGUUCUGCCUGCCAGGCUGACUGAGAGACACCACCUGCUGUUCACAUUCUACCACAUCAGCUGUCAACAGAAACAGAACCAGACUGGAGCCAGUGAGACACUCAUCGGUUACUCUUGGCUGCCUAUACUGAGUACUGACAGACUACAGACUGGUCAGUACUGCCUCCCUAUCGCCCUGGACAGAUUGCCUGUCAACUACUCACUGCACUCACCUGAGAGGAUUACCCCUCAGGUUCCUCCAGUCAAGUGGAUGGAAAGUCACAAAGGAGUUUUCAACCUGGAGAUACAGGCUGUGUCCUCCGUACACACACAGGACAACCACUUGGAGCGUUUCUUCACAUUGUGCCAUGCCCUGGAGGGCGGAGUGACGUUCCCUCUCCGGGUUCGGGAAGAGAAGAUUCCGGAGAACAAGCUGGAGCAUGAGCUGAAGCUGAGCAUCAUCUCCCUGUCGUCCUCCAGACUAGAACCUCUGGUCCUCUACCUCCAUCUGGUCUUAGAUAAACUGUUCACCCUCAUCAUGCAGCCCAUGGUCAUCGCUGGACAAACAGCCAACCUGGCCCAGAUAGCGUUUGAGUCAGUGGUGUCAAUCGUCAACAGUCUCCACAACAGCCAGGAGUUGGCCAGGGACCAGCAGGGCAGGAACGGUCUCCUCGCAACAUACCUGUACUGGGUGUUCCGUCUGCCUGACUCCAAUGAGCUCCUUAACACAGGUCCAGGGGGUGUGGGACCUCCCACUGAGGGCCGCUACAGUACUAUGGGACGGGCCUCGGCCACCACAGUAGGAACCAUGUUACUGCAGUCCCGGCUCCGCAGCAGCAGCAACCCUGAUAUCCCUGCCCCACACAGUGCAGAAGACACAGAGGUGAAAAACAUCCUGUCAGCUAAGGGCCAGAACAAUCCAGGAAGUCGUAUGUCGACCUAUGUGGAUGUGAGCAGCCACCCUCAGAGCUCUACGGGCGGGACCCGGCCCUCCAACAGAAAACAGUUCCAUGAAGAGUUGGCUCUACAGAUUGUGGUCAGCACAGGAGUCUGCAGAGAGAACGCAUAUAAAUAUGCCUGGUUCUUCUUUGAACUGUUGGUGAAGAGCAUGGCCCAGCAUGUGUCUCAGCUGGAGAAGCAAGACGUCCCUCGCAGGAGCCGCUUCUCAGACCGCUUCAAAGAUGAUGUCACAACCAUCGUCUCUGUGGUUACUGCUGAGAUAGGGACCAUCCUGGUCAAACAGCAGAAGGAGUUGGAGCAGGCAGAGAAGGUGAACAUCAGCCUGGCCUUCUUCCUGUAUGACCUGCUGUCUCUAAUGGACCGAGGCUUUGUCUUCAUCUUGGUCAAAAACUACUGCAACCAGAUGUCGACAAAGACCGUUUCCAUGCCAACCCUGAUUAGCAUGCGAUUGGAGUUCCUGCGUAUCCUGUGCAGUCACGAGCACUACCUCAACCUCAGCCUUUACUUCAGUAGCCCUGCCUCUGCACCCGUCUCUCCAUGCCCAUCCAUCUCCUCACAGGCUGUUCCAUUGGCUGACUGUAAGGAAAGUGUUGUGGGUGGUGUGUUGAGGGUGUUGCUACACUGUCUCACCUGCAACCAGAGUACAACCUUCCUGUCUCACUGCUUCAGCACACUGCGAGCACUCGUCGUCAAGUUUGGUGACCUGUUAUUUGAAGAGGAAGCCGAGCAGUGUGCAGACCUGUGUCAGAAGGUGCUACAGCACUGUAGCAGUCCUGUGGAUGGAAAUAGAAGCCAGGCCUGCGCUACCCUAUACCUCAUCAUGAGAUACAGCUUCAGCUCAGCCAAUAACUUCUCCCGGGUGAAGAUGCAGGUGACUAUGUCUCUAGCCUCUCUGGUGGGGAAGUCCUCGGACUUCCAUGAGGAGUACCUCCGCAGGUCCCUACGCACCAUACUGGCCUAUGCAGAAGAGGACACAGAGAUGCAGAACACACCGCUGCCCUCACAGGUGGAUGAGCUGCUGAGGAACUUAAACAGUAUCCUGUCAGACACGGUGAAGAUGAGAGAGUUCCAGGAAGACCCAGAGAUGCUCAUGGACCUCAUGUACAGGAUAGCGAAGGGUUACCAGACGUCUCCUGACCUGAGGUUGACCUGGCUGCAGAACAUGGCGGAAAAACACAAGAACAGGAAGUGUUUUACUGAGUCGGCCAUGUGUCUGGUCCAUGCUGCAGCCCUGGUGGCUGAAUACCUCAGCAUGCUGGAGGACCACAAAUACCUACCUGUGGGCAGUGUCACCUUUCAGAACAUCUCUCCCAAUGUGCUGGAGGAGUCAGCGGUAUCAGAUGACAUACUGUCCCCGGAUGAGGACGGUGUCUGUUCAGGACAAUACUUCACCACCAGUGGUCUGGUGGGCCUACUGAAGCAGGCUGCGGAACUCUUCAGCAACGGUGGUCUGUAUGAGACAGUGAAUGAAGUGUAUAAGAUCAUAAUGCCUGUUCUGGAGGCUCACAGAGAUUUCCGGGAGCUGGUCUCUACUCACGAGAAACUCCAGAGAGCCUUCGACAACAUCAUUCAGAAGGGCCAUAAGAGGAUGUUUGGGACGUAUUUCCGGGUGGGUUUUUAUGGGGCCAAGUUUGGAGACCUGGACGAACAGGAGUUUGUUUACAAGGAGCCAGGGAUCACCCACCUGCCAGAGAUAUCCCACAGACUGGAGAACUUCUACAGUCAGUGUUUUGGCGAUGCCCUGGAGAUGAUCAAAGACUCCAAAGACAUAGACAGAAGCAAACUGGAUGCUAACAAGGCCUACAUACAGAUCACCUACGUGGAGCCCUUCUUUGAUGACUAUGAGAUGAAAGACCGCCUGACCAACUUUGAGAAGAACUUCAACUUGCGUCGCUUCAUGUACACCACGCCCUUCACAAAGGCCGGGCGGCCGCGCGGUGAGCUCAACGAGCAGUACAAGAGGAAGACCAUCCUCACCACCAUGCACACCUUCCCCUACAUCAAGACACGCAUCAACGUCAUCCAGAAAGAAGAGUUUGACCUGACUCCCAUUGAGGUGGCCAUCGAGGACAUGCAGAAGAAGACCAGGGAGUUAGCAGUAGCCACACACAGGGAGCAGCCCGAUGCUAAGAUGCUCCAGAUGCUUCUACAGGGUUCUGUGGGAGCCACCGUCAACCAGGGACCGUUGGAGGUGGCCCAGGUCUUUCUGAAUGAGAUCCCAGCAGACCCCAAGCUCUUCCGCCACCACAACAAACUGCGCCUGUGUUUCAAAGAGUUCAUCAUGAGGUGUGGCGAGGCUGUGGAGAAGAACAAGCACCUGAUCACGUUGGACCAGAAGGAGUACCAACAGGAGUUGAAGAAGAACUACAACCGUCUGAGAGAGAACCUGCGGCCCAUGCUGGAGAGGAAGAUACCCGAGCUCUACAAACCCAUCAAACCACGCCUGGGGAACAGGGAUUCCGUCAAACGGCUCAGUUUCCGCAGAGCACUGGAGGAAAACUCCUGAGACGGCCAGACAGACUUCUCUAUCUGAGGGAAUGCUCCAGAGGCCAGAGAAGAAAGGAUGCUGUAAAAGUAGAAAAGGCGGCAAAGGGAAGAGGGAGAGCAGAAGGGAGCUAGCAGUCCUCAUUCACCAUGGAAGAGCAGUACUGUACACAUGAUUACACGGAGGAAUCAAUAACACAACAUUGCUAGUUCUCUUGAGUUCUAUGAUUACUGCCAGUCCUAACGAUGCUGCAAACUACUGUGGUUUUGAGAAAGACGAGUACAAGUUCCACAUUUAAGGGAUACUUCAGGAUGUUGGCAAUGAAGCCCUUUAUCUACUUCCCCAGAGUCAGAUGAACUUGUGGAUACCAUUUUUAUGCCUCUGUGUGCAGCUUGAAGGAAGUUGCUAACUAGCGUUAGUUCAACUGCCAACUAGCGUUAGCGCAAUGACUGGAAGUCUUUGGUAACUGUUGGCAUGCUAGUAGAUGGGUCAAAGACGUAUAAGGUUUUCAAAGUAGCAAAAAAACAAAAACAGCAAUUACAAUUCCCUAAAAGGCUUUUUUAAAUGUUAAUUGGAGUGUCACCUAUGCCCAUAUUAGUUCUAUUCAAGAAUAAAGCCAAUAAUUCAUUUUUAUUGUGAUUUCAUAUAAAUGUACCUUACUGUUUUUUAUUUGAUACAUUUUUUUUGCCCAUUUUUCAUAAUCACAAGGUUAAAUAUCCAUGCUUAGACUGGCAGAAAUAGAACUACCCCGAAAAAAAUGACAUUUUAUUUUGAAUACCACAUAUUUGAUGUGCCACGGGUACAACUCAAAAUAUGUUGCAGGUUUUUUACAAAAACCUCUUGCCUUACACUGAAAAAAAUGCUUUGAGAUUUGUUUUUGUCUCUGAGUCAACAAAACAAAGUUAUUGUAUUUUAAUAUAAAAUACUGGUGUUAUACUCUAUGAAAAUAUUUUGUUACCCUGAAUGACACUGGCACAGAAUAGGAUUCGCAUCCAUUAAAUGUUAUUAUUAGUCUAUUAAUAGUAGGCUAUACUAUGAUAACACUGAAUCAAAGUUUAAAAGUUAAAUCAACUCCCUCUCCCUUUCUCAAACAUGGUUUGUUACUAUUUCGUUGCUAAUGUUAAUAAUAAUAAUUUUACUAUAAUUUGAGAAUGUGGCAACACUUUACGUUGCAUUAAGUUGCAUUAUUGCACGAUUAUUACAUGAUAGUUAAUGUUGUAAUUAUGCAUUGUUACACUCUAACUGGUAAAUGUAUAUUCAAUGCAGGUACACAAAUGCAAUUUCAAGAUGCCUACACAAAAUUGCUACAUAAAAUGCCCAUCAACCUACUUCAAUUCAAACUUGUAGAGUCUAGAUAUUUCAUAGUGUCCCAUACGUGAAGCAGCUAUUAAUGAUUAUAAUUCAUAAUCCAUUUGGAAUCCAUAAUUAUGUGUGCGUGUGCAUAAUAUUAUAUUAACCAAUAUAAUCCAUCAGUUAUACCUUAACUGCAGUGCAAUAAAACAUAACUACAGUGUAAUAGUACAACUUAAUGUUAAGUGUUAUCCACCCAGCUUUAUAUCCUAUUAUAUCCUAUUCUGUUGCUGACAGUAGCAUGAAAACAAUACCUUUUGUAUUUGCAUUUAUUAUGGUUCCCCAUUAGCUGCUGACAAACAGCAGCUACUCUUCCUGGUGUCCAACAAAAUUAAGGCAGAUUAUACCAUUUUAAAAACAUUACAAUAAAUUCACAGAUUUCACAACACACUGUGUGCCCUCAGGCCCCUUCUCCACAACUACCACAUAUCUACAGUACUAAAUCCAUGUGUAUGUAUAGUGCGUAUGUUAUCGUGUGCAUGUGUCUGUGCCAAUGUUUGUUGUUUCACAGUCCCCGCUGUUCCACAAGGUGUUUUUCUAUCUGUUUUUUCUAUCUAAUUUUACUGCUUGUCAGGUACUUGAUGCGGAAUAGAGUUCCAUGUAGUCAUGGCUCUAUGUAGUACUGUGUGCCUCCCAUAGUCUGUUAUGGACUUGGGGACUGUGAAGAGAUCUCUUGUGGGGUAUGCAUGUGUGCAAGCUGUGUGCCAGUAGUUUAGACAGACAGCUCGGUGCAUUCAACAUGUCAAUACCUCUCCUAAAUAAAAGUAGUGAUGAAGUCAAUCUCUCCUCCACUUUGCGCCAGGAGAGAUUGACAUGCAUAUGAUUAAUAUUAGCUCUCUGUAUACAUCCAAGGGCCAGCUGUGCUGCCCUGUUCUUUUCAUUGUAUUUUUUUGUGGCACCUGACCACACGACUGAAUAGUAGUCAAGGAGCGACAAAACUAGGGCCUGUCGGACCUGCCUCGUUGAUAGUGUUGUUAAGAAGGCAGAGCAUUGCUUUAUUAUAUACAGGCUUCUCCCCAUCUUAGCUACUACUUCAUCAAUAUGUUUUGACCAUGACAGUUUAUAAUCUAGGGUUACUCCAAUCAUUUUGUCAUCUCAACUUGCUCAAUUUCCAAAUUAUUUAUUACAAGAUUUAAUUGAGGUUUAGGGUUUAGUGAGUGUUUUGUUCCAGAUACAAUGCUAUAAAUAUUUAGGGCUAACUUAUUCCUUGCCAACCACUCUGAAACUAACUGCAGCUCUUUGAGUGUUGCAGUCAUUUCAGUCACUGUAGUAGCUGAUGUGUAUAGUGUUGAGUCAUCCGCAUACAUAGACACUCUGGCUUUACUCAGGGUCAGUGGUAUGUCAUUACUAAAAAUGGAAAAAAGCAAGGGGCCUAAACAGCUACUCUGUGGAAUUCCUGAUUCUACCUGGAUUAUGUUGGAGAGGCUUCCAUUAAAGAACACCCUCUGUGUUCUGUUAGACAAGUAACUCUUUAUCCACAUUAUAGCAGUGGGUGUAAAGCCAUAACACGUGUGUUUUUCCAGCAGCAGACUAUCAAUAAUGUCAAAAGCUGCACUGAAGUCCAACAAGACACAAUCAUUUUAUCAUCAAUUUCUCUCAGCCAAUCAUCAGUCAUUUGUGUAAGUGCUAUGCUUGUUGAGUGUCCUUCCCUGUAGGCAUACUGAAAUUCUGUUGUCAAUUUCUUUACUUUACUGAAUGACAUUGAUGAAGCGCAGAAGUCCGGACAAAAGUUAUUCAAGUUAAAUAUUUUUUAGAUACAGUAUGUCGCCCAUUAUUCUAUAUAUUGUUGCAAACACGAACACAAUUAUGCCAUGGGUGUUCAUUUACAUUUUUAGGAUGAAUUUCUACAUUUUAAAAACACUUUUGUCAUUUGAAUUUUAACCUGGACAGUUACACUGAAGGAUAUUUUGUCAAUUUAGAGCUCAUUAACUCCCUUAAUUUAAUAGUUUGCAAUAGUUUCUGGGUCAAAAGAAGGGUAAGAGUUGUGUGAUUUAAUAUUAUAUAUGUCUUUUUAUGUUAAUUGAAUGGCCUUUGGACACAAAAUGUACAUGUCUCGUCGUUGACCCAGAUACCAGUAAUUGCGGUAACGCUAGUUAGAAUUGGCUCGCAAAACUACCUCCAGCUUCCUUCAUACUGGAUGCAAAGACAUAAAAAUGGUGGUAUCCAUGAGUUCAUCUGACUGAGGAAGUAGAUAAAGGGCUUCAUUGUCAAAAUCCCAAAGUAUCCCUUUAAGGUCCUUGCAGAUCCAGGGAAGUGUGUGUGUGUGGACGUGUGUGUGUGUGUGUGUGUGUGUGUGUGUGUGUGUGUGUGUGUGUGUGUGUGUGGACGUGUUCAGUUAUUCUUGUGGGGACCAGAAAUCCCCGCAAGAAUAGUGAACAAACUAAAAUUUGACCAACUGGGGACAUUUUAUUAGUCCCCACAAGGUCAAAUAUCUAGGGGGUUUAGGGUUAAGGUUAGAAUUAGUGUUAGAACUAUGUUAAGGGUUAGGGGUUAAGGUUAGGUUUUUGGGUUAAGGUUAGGGCAAGAGUACGGAUUAGGUUUAGGGGUUAGGGAAAAUAUGAUUUUGAAUGGGAUAGAAUUGUGUGUCCCCACAUGGUUAGCUGUGCAAGACUGUGUGUUUUACUUUUUGUCAUUGUCCUGAUAAAUCACUCUGUUCUGACUCAUGACUGAUGAUAAAUCACUCUGUUCUCCAAUUUAUGAUCAAUAACUGAUGAUAAUUUACUCUGUUCUCUGCAAAGGGGAAUCUGUACUUGCACUCGUAUGUGUACAACCGUACAGACUCUCACACUGUAAACAUGUAAUUCCUCAGUUAACUCGUGAUGCUAUAUUUGUUAUAUAUGUUUGUUAGACAUAAUUGGCUGUGUAGAUACUCAUGGAGAUUAAUUUAUUAAGAGUUCACAAAUUAGUCAUGGUACAUACAGUGCCUUCAGAAUGUAGUCAUACCCUUUAACUUAUUACACAUUUUGUUGUUGCAGCCUGAAUUCAAAAUUGAUUAAAUAAUUUUUUUCCUCACUCAUCUACACACAAUAUCCUAUAAUGACAAAGUGAAAACAUGUUUUUAGACAUUUUUGCCAAUUUAUUGAAAAUUACUGUGUCUUGCGAAAGUAUUCGGCCCCCUUGAACUUUGCGCGACCUUUUGCCACAUUUCAGGCUUCAAACAUAAAGAUAUAAAACUGUAUUUUUCUGUGAAGAAUCAUCAACAAGUGGGACACAAUCAUGAAGUGGAACGACAUUUAUUGGAUAUUUCAAACUUUUUUUAACAAAUCAAAAACUGAAAAAUUGGGCGUGCAAAAUUAUUCAGCCCCCUUAAGUUAAUACUUUGUAGCGCCACCUUUUGCUGCGAUUAUAGCUGUAAGUCGCUUGGGGUAUGUCUCUAUCAGUUUUGCACAUCGAGAGACUGACAUUUUUUCCCAUUCCUUUUUCCCAAAACAGCUCGAGCUCACUGAGGUUGGAUGGAGAGCAUUUGUGAACAGCAGUUUUCAGUUCUUUCCACAGAUUCUCGAUUGGAUUCAGGUCUGGACUUUGGCUUGGCCAUUCUAACACCUGGAUAUGUUUAUUUUUGAACCAUUCCAUUGUAGAUUUUGCUUUUGGGAUAUUUUUAUUCUUAAGCUUCAUUCUUUUUACUCUGUCAAUUAGGUUAGUAUUGUGGAGUAACUCAAAUGUUGUUGAUCCAUCCUCAGUUGUUUCCUGUCACAGCCAUUAAACUCUGUAACUGUUUUAAAAUGACCAUUGGCCUCAUGAUGAAAUCUCUGAGCGGUUUUCUUUUCUCUCCGGCAACUGAGUUAGGAAGGACGCCUGUAUCUUUGUAGUGACUGGGUGUAUUGAUACACCAUUGAUAGUGUAAUUAAUAACUUCACCAUGCUCAAAGGGAUAUUCUAUCUUUAUUUUUUUUACCCAUCUACCAAUAGCUACCCUUGUUUGCAAAGCAUUGUAAAAUCUCCCUGGUCUUAUGGUUGAAUCUGUGUUUGAAAUUCACUGUUCGACUGAGCAACCUUUUACAGAUAAUUGAAUGUGUACAUUCAAUGUGUACAGCAAUGAGGUAGUCAUUAAAACAUCCUUUUAAACCCUGUUAGUCCAUGCAACUUAUGAUGAAUUCAUAUAGGCUUGCCAUAACAAAGCGGUUGAAUACUUAAGACAUUUCAGCUUUUCAUUUUAAUUAAUUUGUAAAAAUGUCCCAAAACAUAAUUCCAUUUUGACAUUAUGGUGUAUUGUGCGUGUGUGUAGGCCAGUGAUUUUUUUUUCUGUUCUCUAAAUAAUCCAUUUUUACUUUCGGGCUAUAACAAAAAGAAAUUGGAAAAAGUCCAAGGGUGAGAAUACAUUCUGAAGGCACUGUAUAACUUAACUAAGGCCACCAACCAAACCCAAGUGGCUUAUCUGGAUUUGCACAGAGAGAAAUAAUAGAUGAAUGUUUACAGUUAUGAUACAUUUUGUCAUUUUCCUAAUGAAAAUAUAUAUUUGAGAUAAUAUACAGUAUCAGUUUAGUUGCCAAUAACAAUAUUGAAACAAUUGUGGUUACUAUGACUGAAUGUGACAAAGUCAAGGCACAUAUCAAUACAGUUAAAAAACGAUGUAUUAGGAUGCCAACGUACAAUAUAUUUACUGUAUGAACAAGAUAGGUUUUCAAGUAUUGCCAGGCUCUUAGUCUUGUCUGUUUGUUGACGUCAUGUUGUAGAACCUCAUGCAUUCCAAUAAAGAAAUCCUUUGUAAUACUACUAGGAAAACUCAA